UUGUCAAUCACUCCUGGAUUCGACUUUGAGAACUUUUUGGAUUUGCUCUGGGUGGUGUAUAUCUUUAAUGGAUGGUCCUCUUGACUCUUCCACAAGCUUGAAAACACUUUUAUGUCAAAACCUAUCCUAUGUGGUCUGUUGGCUGGUAAUAAUAUAGAAAAGGGGCGGCUGGUUCAUGAGGCUUUCCCAGAAGGUUCAUUGCUAUGAAGAUGGAUCUACCAGCUUCUGUUUUUCUCAGAGGAUAAGCAUAUUCUCCCAUGUAUAUAUACACGUCCAGAGUACAUUAUAGCUGUCUGGUAAUUAUGAUUUUCUUCAGGUGUGAGGUAUUCUCCUAUAUUUCUUAGUUAUUCCAGAAGUUUCAUCAUUUUAUUCAAUUUUUGUUUGUUCAAUCUUUAUCUUGUUCAUAACCUAAACCAGUUUGCUGAUAUUGUGCAAAUUUGAAUCUUGCUAUCUGUCUGUGUUCUGGGUAUCUCUCACUUGCCCAAUUGGGUCAAGUUCUAAUUUGGCGAGUCUCAUAACUUGAGAUUCCAAUAUUCAUUUCCCUUCCUUUCUAUUCCAAAAUUUCAUAUCACAGUUGGGUUUCUUGAAAAAUUAAAAAUCUGACCAGAUAAAUUGGUUGAUAGAUUGUUUUUAUGGAUAACCUUCUUGAAAGAUAUUCUCUUUCCUUGGAAAGAUUCAAUUUUGGGCAUGGCUUAGCUUCAACCAAUUUGGACCACCCUAGUGAUUCAAAUACUUAUUUGAGCUCUGGUUCAGAUGGAGAUACUACUGACAUUAGUGAUUACAAUCGCCCUGUGAUUAAGUACAUAAGUGAUAUUCUUCUAGAAGAAGACCUGGAGGGUAAGCCCUGCAUGUUGCAGGACUGUUUGACCCUCCAAGCUGCUGAAAAAUCUUUCUAUGACGUCCUUAAUCAAAAGGACCCUCUUUCACCCAACCAACCCCCUCUUUCUGUGCACCAAAGCUUUGAGAACUCAGAUGAUGAUUCCCCACAUAGUUGUCAUAACAGUAAUGCCUCUAUUGCUGCAAAGACAAACUGGGUUUUUGAUCCUUCUGAAACCUCAAAAGUCCAAUCUUCUCUUGUUCAGUCUCUACCAGAUCCUGGUUUGGAUUCAGAUUCACUUUCUGAGAUGCAAAGGCUUGAGUAUUUUGGAGGGUUAAGGGAAGCAAGCAAGUUUCUUCCAAAUGUAAAAUUUGAAACUAUUGAUCUGAAGGGGUCCCAGUUAAUGCCUCCGGGUCUUGAUCAGUGGCCUCAAGCUACUAACACACUGAUGAGGAGGCCAGACAAUGAUGACUACAGUUCAACAAAUAGAUCAAAGGGAAAGAAAAAUCAUCAAAGGGACGAUGGUGAUUAUCCAGAAGAAGGCAGAAGCAACAAGCAGCCAGUUGCUUUUGCUGACGACUCUGAGCCACAAGAAAUGUUUGAUGAAGUUUUACUUUGUCUUGGGAAUCAUGAGUUUGAAUUGUGUUCUAAUGAUGAAUCUUUGAUAACUGAGGGAAGUGGGAAGUUGCAGCACAAAAAGCAGUCAAAAGGGUCUAAAACAGCGGGUUCAAAGAAGCAGAAUAACAACAGGGAACUGGUGGAUUUGAGCACACUGUUAACUCAAUGUGCACAAGCUGUGGCAAGCUAUGAACAAAGAACUGCAAGUGAACUACUCAAGCAGAUAAGGCAGCAUUCUUCCCCAUAUGGUGAUGCUACCCAGAGAUUAGCUCAUUACUUUGCGGAUGGCCUAGAGGCACGCUUGGCUGGAGCCAGAACUCCAUCAUACUCUCCCCUUAUUAGUAUGCAGAUAUCAGCUGCUGAAAUCUUAAAAGCUUAUGAGGUAUUUGUUACGUCAUCCCCUUUCAGGACGGUGUCAAAUUUCUUGGCGAACAGAACAAUUCUGAAACUAGCAGAAAAAGCAACAAGGCUUCACGUUAUUGAUUUUGGCAUUUCUUAUGGUUUCCAAUGGCCCUGCUUUAUCCAGCGUCUCUCCAAGAGACCGGGUGGACCUCCUAAGCUUCGUAUCACAGCAAUUGAGCUUCCCCAACCAGGUUUCCGGCCUACAGAAAAGGUUGAAGAGACGGGGCGUCGCCUGAAAAAAUAUGCUGAGAGAUUUAAUGUCCCAUUUGAGUACAAUGUCAUUGCUCAGAAGUGGGAAACAAUCCAAUUCGAGGAUCUUAAAAUUGACAGAAAUGAGAUGAUUGUUGUGAAUUGUAUGAACCGGCUAAGGCACAUACCUGAUGAGACAGUGAUGGUGAACAGUCCUAGAGACAUUGUCCUAAAAUUGAUCAAGAAAAUUAAUCCAGACCUAUUCAUUCACGGGGUUGUCAAUGGGACAUACAAUUCACCCUUCUUUGUCACACGGUUCAGAGAGGCACUCUUCCACUUCUCUGCACUAUUUGAUGUGUUUGAGGCCAGUGUUCCUCGUGAAGAUGAACGGCGGCUGAUGUUCGAAAAAGCUGUAUAUGGUAAGGACAUAUUGAAUGUCGUAGCGUGCGAGGGACUGGAAAGAGUUGAAAGGCCUGAGACAUACAAGCAGUGGCAGGUUAGGAAUGUGAGGGCUGGGUUCAAGCAACUCCCACUAGACCAAGAGAUUUUGAAGAAAGUGGAGAGAAUGUUGAAGUUUAUGGGUUAUCAUAAUGAUUUUAGGAUUGAUGAAGAGGGCCAUUGGAUUCUGCAGGGAUGGAAAGGAAGAACCAUUAUGGCUCUUUCCUUUUGGAAAAAAGCCUAGACCACUAUUAAAAUCUUUAGUCUCUUUGCUCUUGAAUUUUUCCUUUAAUCUUCCUUCCAUUUACGAAGUUGUGUUCACCGUUUUGUCAUGUUGUAAUGAGUUCGUUGUUAAUUUUAUUUAUUCAUCUUCCAAUGGGAGCUUGAUCUGGGAUUUGCAAUAUUUUGAUCUAAGCUGGGGCAGAGCACUAUUUGAGGAAGCUCAAUGCAAUUUGUUGUAGUCCA